CCCAUUGGCCGGGCGCGCCGUCCGUCCGUGCCGCGCGCCGCCGCCGCCGCCAUGGUGCGCUUCAAGAACAGGUACGUGCUGUGCGAGGUGGUCUCGGAGGACCCGCGCUGCCGGCAGUGCAUCGAGGACCGCGCGCUGGGCCUCGCCGUCAGAGACGCCAUCACGCGGGUGCACGGGGACUACGGCCUGGCGUGCUGCUCCAUCUCCUUCACAGUGAAGUACCUGAACGCCUACACCGGGACGGUGCUGCUGCGGUGCCGCAAGGACUCGUACCGGCUGCUGUGCUCCGCGCUGCCCUUCGUGCGGAGCCUGGAGAGCCGCGGGCAGCGCUACCCCUGCUUCCUCAACACGCUGCACGUCGGAGGUACCAUAAGAACGUGUCAGAAAUUCCUGAUUCAGUAUAACAGAACACAGCUGCUGAGGUUGUUGCAAAACUGUACAAAUGAAGAGGAAAGACAGUGUAUACAGAAGUCCUUGUUGAGCUGUUCCCUUACAGAAGAGCAGUCUCAAAGUGGAGAUGAGGAGGAGGAUGAUGAUGGCACAGAGACAGACUGAAUGUCCCUUGUUACUGUUCACCUCUAUUCUGUACUUGUUUAAUCAAGAUGUGACUGGUUAUCUUCAGUGUUAAGCAGUGCAGGGGACUGGAAAAGCAUUUGUUCAUAUUUAGACUUCAUUCCCCAUUCCAAAUGUUUUUAAACAAAUUUUUUAAAAAUAAAACAGGAUUUCUCUUAA